CAGCCGCUGCUCGGCCCGCCAGCUUCUCGGACCAUGGCCAACAACGAGCGCACCUUCAUCGCCAUCAAGCCGGACGGCGUGCAGCGAGGCCUGGUGGGCGAGAUCAUCAAGCGCUUCGAGCAGAAGGGAUUCCGCUUGGUGGCCAUGAAAUUUCUUCGGGCUUCCGAGGAGCACCUGAAGCAGCACUACAUUGACCUGAAAGACCGCCCGUUCUUCCCAGGGCUGGUGAAGUACAUGAACUCGGGGCCUGUUGUGGCCAUGGUCUGGGAGGGGCUGAACGUGGUGAAGACAGGCCGAGUGAUGCUGGGGGAGACCAAUCCUGCCGACUCCAAGCCAGGCACCAUCCGCGGGGACUUCUGCAUCCAGGUUGGCAGGAACAUCAUUCAUGGCAGCGACUCGGUGAAAAGUGCUGAAAAAGAAAUCAGCCUGUGGUUCAAACCUGAAGAACUGGUCGACUAUAAGUCCUGUGCUCAUGACUGGGUCUAUGAGUGAGCCGGAGCCCGGGCAGUGGUCCCUUGGCACACUGCGGGACACAGCUCUUCAUUCCACAGCCUUGGAGGAUCCAUCAUUCUUGCCUAAAGCCUAUUCACCAAUAAAGCCUUUGG